AUAUACCGUAUAUCCCGGUACGGUAUUAGCAGCUAAGCCUUAGCUAGCUAGCCUAAUUUAGAUUGUAGCGAUCUCCGAAAAUAUCCAAUUUCUGUUUUAUGAAGUCCGAUUUAUUUUCAGAAAAAUCCACUGUCAAGAAAACAGGAAGAUUGAGCUCCUUCAUAAAAAAUGGAUUGGAGCAUAACACGUGGUAGGAGAAAGCAACCUUCAUCCUUGAUCACCUGCGAGGAUUGCCAGCCAUCCGAGGAUGAUGGACCCAUACCAGGGCUACUGGUCAAGGAUACAUUGACCGUUGUAACACCCAGCGGAGAAUGUAAGAUUGAACUGUGCCUUGGGGAUAUCACCAAGCUUCCUCAACAAGAUAAGGUGGAUGUCAUUCUUAUCUCUGCAUAUGGAGGUUGCUACAGUAAAGGUGUGGGUGUGAUGGGCGCCCUCUACAGGCAGAUGGGCAUUGAUGUGUAUCAGCUUGCCAAGUCUCACAAGGAGGAAGACCUUCAAGAUCUUUAUUCCUGCUGGUGGACCAACCCUCUACCAGAAAACCUGCCUUUCAAGAGACUGCUAUGCUUUGAGACCAGAGGCAGUACAACCUUCUCAGGGACCACGGGUUAUGAUCUCAACAGAGGAGCAAAAGGACGCCCCUCGGAGCUGGUGUCCCAUGCAUUCCGGUGCCUGGUUCCAAUCCUCAACAAUCAAGAUGGAACGGUCAUCACACCGUUACUAAAUUCUGGUAGUCAGGGUUGCGAUGAGUGUGAGAUGCUGCAAGGGAUGGUAGAGAAUGCUGUCAACUGGAUGAAAGCCGGUCUUCCUCUCCGUCUCCUGAAGAUAGUGAUUUAUUCUAAGGUAAUGAGCAGAACUACCGCAUCAAUGAUCCUCCAGAGAGCGGAUGGAUCUGAGAUCCUUGAUCUAUUUUCUCAACUCAAAGAGAGACUUGAAACCAAAAGUCCCAUUCCAAAGGAAGUGAAGCUAGACUACGAUAUCUACCUCUCCUUUAGUCCCAAAGACCAAUCCACGGUAGACUCUAUACAGACUGCUCUGCGAACCAUCAAACCUGACAUCCGUAUCUACUUAUCAAAUCAAAGGGUUGAUGAGGAUGCUAUCUGGCAGAAUGAUAUCUAUGCAGUCAUGACCAAAAGUGCUCGAGUCAUCACAGUCUUAAGUCCAAACUACCUCAGUUCACCGGACUGCCUGGAGCAGUACAAUAUUGCCCUCUGCUGUAACAGACAAUCCUACCGAGAUAUAUUAGCUCCAUUCUACAUCGCAACUGUGACGUUACCAACAUACAUGGGCUUAGUACAGUACUCAGAUUGUAGAGAUGAUCCUGAGGUGCAAAUCUCCAACACUUGCCAGCAGCUGAUCAAAUCUCUUCCGCCCUCCACCCUGGAGAGUAGCCCAGAGGAUGAGACAACCACCACCACCGCGCAGGAGAUUGAGGAUGAUGAGCCGUUCUGUUAUGAUGUCUUUGUAUCCUACUCUCACUGCGACUCUGAGGCAGCUAAUUACAUUGUUGGUGUUCUCAAAGAGCUGAAUCCUACCUUGAGGAUAUUCUAUGACAUCCAGGAGCUGAAGACAGGUCAUGCAUGGCAGCAGACAUUAUAUCACUCUAUUGAUGGUUCUCGGUCUAUGUUGGCUGUGCUGUCCAAUAACUACCUAAGAUCAGCUGUGUGUCAGGAGGAAUAUAGCCUUGCUCAGAUGAAACACCUGGCCCUGGACAAGCUGAAGCUAAUACCUCUCCGCAUAGAAGACCUUGAGAAAGAAGAGAGCUCAUUUACAGAGAUUGCCAUGGUGACAGCCACACCCGAUGUCUUCAAAGUUGCUGCUGAUACCGUUUGCCAUAGUCUUGUUUCAUGGCUACAUGGCAAGACAGGGGCCAAAUCAGAUUCUGUGGAAGGACUUUCUAAUCUCCUUGCGGAAGCUGCUGUGUCAGAUCGACUUAACAUAGAAAACUUGAUGGAAGUUCAUCGAAAAAAGACUUUCAAGAAUGAAUACAAGACCUUAUCACUGCCUCUCAAGGAUGUGUUCCCUCCAAAGUGCUUCAUCUCAGAAAUGGACGAAGACAAAGCACAAUACCAUGAGGUCACAGGUGAGGUCAUCCUCAGCUUCCACCCUCACGAUGAAAAAUUUGCGCUUUCUUUUAAGAGUCUCUUGGAAUGGGUGGCCCCUGGUGUGGUUGUCUUGGUUGAUGCACCCAGUGAUCAGGAACGACUUCAUCAGCUGGACAAUGCAAGGCACAUUGUAGCAUUCCUCUCGCCCCAUUAUGUGGAGUCGCCCAAGCAUGUUGAGGAGUUCCACAUCGCCCUAUGGAGACAGAGGGUUAGUCCAGUUCAGGCACCACUUCUACUCCCAGUCAAGGUUCUCAAGUUAGCAUGGAAACCCACGUACUUUCAGCUGGUUGGAAGCGUGAUAGAUCUUUGGGAUGCCAUGUGGCCCUCUCUGGAUACCAGCUUCCCAAGGACUGGCUGGCUAAGAUCAGAAGAGCUUCAGGUCUCAAGGAGUACCUCCAUGGCUUUGAUGGAGCUGGGAAGGAUCACUCUAGAGAUCAUACAGACAGCAAAGGAUUUACCUGAGGAGACAGAACUCAAAGUUAGACCAGCCCUUCUCAACCCAGUCCAAGUAAAAGCUGAGAUUAAGGCCCUGGCCCAAGCUACUAAGAAACAUACUUGGGGUCACAGGUCAAGUGAUAGCGCCCUCAUGGACUGUACUUGCAUUGUUUGUCAACGGACGCAGAAAUUAUUCGAGAAUGCUAAGAUAUCAACCUGAGAAGAGUAUGGAAAGUAUAGUGACUUCUUGAGCAGUUGGUUUAUAUUUAGUCAAUUUAUAUCCUAGUCACCUCCCAUAUGAAGGCACUAAGUAGGAGAAAAGUCGAUUUGAUACUUUUGUACAAUGCAAAUUCGAAGGUAGCCCAAAUUUUGUAUCAAAGUCCAAUAAACUUGCCAAUUUGAUGAUCACUUGCUUUUAGUGAUCCUUCAAACAUCUGCACAUCCUGACUACUUAUACUUUAUACUUGUCAAUAUCUGUUCUGUCGUAUAAGAUUUUUAUUUGUAUUUAUGUAUUUUUGUAUUUUAAAGAGGUGUGAAAUAAAUGAAUCUGAAUCUGAAUCUGACAUCCCUGAUUAAUAGUUAAUUCAUUGUUCAAAAUUUCACUCUUCUCUUUUUUUCUUCCGCUCCUUUACACUACUGGAGUUACAAACCAACACCAGCACUCAACAUAAACUUGCAGAAAUAUUUUCUGUGGUCAGUCCCAGCAUCAGCCUCAUUUGAGGUACAUUAGGUGAUAUAGUGUUAAAGUAUGCAUGAUACAAGAAUGGGAUAUUAUUAUUGUUAUUAUGUUUUUGCCAAAGCUGGUAAACACAUAAUGUUAUCCAUUUUGCAAUAUUUUCCCCCUGUACAAAGGCAUCUGUUUAUGUCUGCAUAAAUUUCACUCAUUUGACUCUGGACAAUGCACAUAAACAUUACUGCACCUAGAAUGUGCUUACAGUUCGAUAUUUCAAGUCUUUUUAACCCACACAUGUACAGCAAAUAGCAAUUGUACGAUGCUAUGUUGUUGGUGUGUUUGCCUUGUAUUAUUUUAUUGUUUUGUUUGUUAAGCUUUAUUUUUGUUAAUAUUGCUUUUUGUCGCAAUAACUCUGAUCUGUCUUGAUAAGUUGUAAAUAUUGUAUUUAUUAUGACUUCAUGAUAUUAGUAUAGUAAAACUUACAAAUAUAAAAAAAAAAAACAUUACUGCAGAACAGCAUCUUAGUACUUAGUUUUAAAAGUAAAACUUAACUUUUAAUUUGAAAAGAAUGUGCCUACAUAUAUUUAGACCUUGAGAGCCUUCUAUCAUUUAUGUUUUUG